GGUUAUGGAUCAAAUGUCUCGAAAUAUGCGUGAGCGUGGGGAAGAUCGAUAACGCUAAAAAAAAAGAUUUGAUUUGAAAAUUUUCGAUACCCUCCCAAAAGAAGUUUUAUUUCAAAAAUUUAUCUAAUAUAACGUUAAAUUAUAGAUAUGUCGUAUAAAAAGAAAUCUUAUUAGUAGAUUUUUUGCUUGCUUCUAUCAGCAACGAUUCAGUUACUGAGUUGAGAUUGCGCAUAAGAACGAGAUAACCUUGUGUGAUAAUUUUGUUUAUAUACUACGUGUUGUGCGAUAUUAGUAUAUAUCAUAGAUUAUUAUUAAUAUAAAUAAGUCAUAAACUUUUAUAUAAAAAUCUCUUAAAAAGUGCAAGGUUUUUAUAUCAAUUGUAAAAAAAGUUACAAAUUAAAAUGAUUAAAACGGUAUAUAUCAACGCAUCAUGAUGGAAAGUUGGAUUACCAUAACACCCGAUCUUCAACAAGGUUUAAAGAUUGCUAGUCGAAUUGAUAAUGGUAAAUUUCGAUUACUUGUUAAUCGAAUAUGUCAAAAUCUACAAUUCAGUAGUAAUGGAAAGCCAUUCAGUGAAGAGGAAGAAGAAAAACUCCUAAUAUCUUUAGAACUGAAUAAAGAAGAGUUAACAUUUUUGUUAGAUGCAAUAACACUUAUUUAUAAACAAGCUGCUUUCAAUAUAGUAAAGCCUGCAGCAUUCGAAUCUAUUUUAAAAGGUACUUGCCAUUUGGAUGAAGAUAAAACGUUGAUAUUUGUUAAUUCAUGGUUAACUUAUGGUAAAGGAAUUAUUAAAGAUCUCAGAAAAAGAUCUAUAUUUCCUAAACAGGUAAAGGAUAUUAAUUGGUGUUUAAAUAUACAAUCAUCAUCUUCAACAAUUUCUAAAGAUGCGAAUCCUUUAGCGUUAUUUCAGUUAGAUUUUACAGGUGAGAAAGAUUCUAAAUUAAUUAUCGAAUUUGAUAAAAAGUCCCUCAUUGAUUUAUAUAUGAAUUUUGAAAAAAUACAAAAUCAACUUGACGCAUUGAAAUAGAGUAAUAAACUGUUUUAUAUUUUAUAUACAUAUAAGAUAUAUUUUUAAAAGUUUUGAUAAUAUUUAGAACUGUUUACAAGAAUAUUCUACUCUUAUAAGCUAACAAUGUUUUUAAUCAUGUAAGGUAAUAGUAGGUUUAAGAAAAGAGCAAUGAUGUAUACUUUAAUUGUCUUUGAUAGAUAAAUGUAAAUUUACAAUCCAAAGUUUUCAUAUAAUUUUGGUGUUACAACAUUAUAUUUUUCUACUCUUUCAUACAAAUGUGGGCUUCUAUUUGGAAAAAUAUUAUUUGUAUUACUGUAGUUAUCGUGUUCUAUUCUUCUAUCAUUAGUGCAUUGGAAAUGUUCUCUUUUUGAAGCAGGCAUUGUUUCUAAUAUUUCUGGUGAUCGACGUACAAAAAGUCGAGUUUUACAAACUACUAGAACUACUACGAUAAUCAUUAAAAAUAAAAUAAUAGCGGUUAAAGCACCAACAAUCCAUCCAAGCUUUUCGUCUAUAAAAUCAAAGAAAAAACUUGUUACCUUUUAUGAAUAAGUAGUUAAAAAUAAAUAACAUAAUGUUACAAACCA